GUCGUUAUCUGAGCCAGCGCAGCCGCCGUACGCUUCGACGGAAUUUCACGACGAUCAUUAUAACGCGCGCGCGCGCCCGCACGCACGCACACGCACACACGCACGCACACACGCACGCACACACACACGCGAACGCACCAACACAACGAUAUUAUACGACACCACUACAAGAACAGUAGUACCCCGCCACCGUCGCACGAACGCAGUGUUACGCUACGCUCGUUUCCGUCCCGUUUGCGAACCGCUGCGCUACGACUGAUAACUGCUGGCGUAGAUAAAUGGAAAAAAAAAAAGGAAUACGCGUGAGCGCGGUAUUAUUUUAACAUGACGUACGGACGUUAUAAUAAUAAUAUAAUAUCAUUGUAGUAAAUAUCGUAGUUUGAUACGCGAUACGUAUCGCUCAACCGCGUACGUAGGUCAGACUCGUUGUUACGAGUGCGGUUGCGCAGUAGCGCGGGCGCAACACGCACACACGCCGCCGCGGCCGGACAAUUAGUUUUCAUUGUUAUAAAAUAGCGAUUAUUAUAAUAUAUUAAUAUUAUAUGCUAAGCGUCGUGCGUUCCUGGACGACGAGUGCGGUGUGCGCGCGCGAUAUAGAGAGGGAGCGAGUAAGAGGGAGAGGGAGCGAGAGAGAGUGAGUGAGAGAGUGGUGUGAGCGAGAGAGAGGGUUGACGGGCGAGCGGACGGAGCGACACGACAGACGCACGGCGAUAGCGCGCCGAGGACCAAGCUAGCCCGAGUGUCGGCGAGCGGGGACGUGGUGUCAUUACAACAGCAGCAACAACAACAACAACAACAACAACAACAACAACAACAACAACAAUAAUAAUAAUAUGCGAUUGUUAUUAUUAUGCGCGUAUCGUGUCGUCGUUUUGUUAUCGGGAAACGGUUUUCGACGAAAUGCGGCGUGGUGAACGAGUGCUACGGACGACAGCUCUUCGCGACGACGGAUACGACGACGACGUAUGACGAAGAUUCCGACGCCGACGUCUGUUGUCCGCCGUACGGUACCCGCCAUCCGGCCAGACGCUCUUUCGCCGCUGCUGAGCACGGUCCGCUGUCCGCCGCCGACCACCUAGUCCCGACGACCCGCCGUCGAUAUUACACCAGACUUGUCUAAUCGCAACACCCAGUUUCGUAACCGCCGUCGAUAAACGAAACCGGAUCGGGGAGACUACCAUUGUACCCACACCGGCGAGUUCACUCGUCGCGGGCGUCGCAUUACAACGGUUAGUAAAAUAUUGAACGGACGUUUUUAAUAAGACAAUGCCAGUGGUAACCACUUGUUCUCUGACGUACACAUCGAACUUGGGCGCCUGUAAUAUUUUACCGCAACUCGAUUUUCGACUCCACUGCGCACACCGUCGUUUUAACAGCCGCGUGCAAUUACAGCACCAAUCGGGUCAAUUGAAACCGGCGGUAGUUUGGCUUAGGCGUUUUAGGUAGGUACCUACUUAGUUUAUGUUACGACCAACGCGAACGAUUUAUGUACGAUGUUCCAUGUUCCACGAGUAGUAACCAACACGCAUCUGUCUAAUGUCAAUAUCGGUGUGCGCUUUUAUAAUUAUUAGUAUAUCGGUUACCUAUCAAUGUUGUAACGUUAACUAUAUGAAAGUUUCGACCCGGUCGAUUGUUCGCUUUGUUGACGAUUCGACCAUUUUUAAAAACACGUUGGAAACAAUUGUAUUCAAUCGGGUACUUGGCUAUUCCAGUGUAUUUAUUUUUACAAAUACCUAUCGCAUUACGGCUUAAAACAAAUCUGACAUAAUUUAAACUGUUUGCUUGUUUUUACAAAUGGAAUGCCGUUAAUUUGUAUUAUAAACGAUGUAGGUAUUUGACGAUGUUGAAUUUCAAAUGUCUCAUGCAGAACAAUUCAUUUUGCAAUACCCGGCCAUUUAGCAACAGUUUAUAAUACAUUAUGCAAGUAGGUGCAUACCUAUUUUGCAAAAUAUAUUUUAAACAAAUGAAUGGUACCUAAAACUUUCCUAUUUGUCUUAUUUUUUUUUUUUCUUUGAGUCUAUAGUAGGUAACCUAUCUAUUGUAAAAUAUGUAAAAUGUAUGCAAUUUGUAUCUGGUUAAAAUGUGCAUUCUAGUCUUGUGUAUAAUUGAAAAUUGAUAGUAAAUAAUGGAUUUAAACAAAAACUGUAGUCUACUUCCUUAUGUUACUAAUAUUACUACAAUUACAUAAUUUUCAGCAAGAUUUUUUAUUUUUUUAUUUUUUAUUGUAUACAUGUUUAUAAAUAAAUAUUUCGUUGUUCAUAUUUAAUUUUUUUUUUUUUUAUAUAGAUUAGGUUGGUAUAUAUUAUUUUACAUUCUAAGCUAAACAAAAUAAGACAGUUAUUCAUAUUACAAUGUUAUGUAGAUUUUUUUUAUGACAACACUUAAAUAUACCUAGUUAAAAUCAGUAGCGGGUCCAGGAGUGGCGAUCACCUCCCCCUCCGCUUACUCUUUAAUAUAUCCUGAUUUUAUUAUAUUUAUGUGCCUUAUUAAUUUGUAUAAUUAUAAUAUAUAUUUUCAAAGUAUCCCCUACCCGUUUUCUUGUCCUGGAUUUGCCCUAGGUAAAAACGCACAAUGUGUUUUGUUCGUAGCCAUUGUUGUAGGUUGAAUUAUGAUAAGUAGGAAAGGUUAGAUGUAUCGAGUAAGUUAAUUUAAAUACUAUUAUAACGAUAAAUUGUUGUAAAAAAAAACACCAUUCUGAGUUCAACUAAAUAUUUUUUGAUAAUUUAAAAUUUUAAUAAUUUGUUAUAAGGUUUAAAAUACAAAUAUUUUAAAAUAAAUGUUGAAUUCAAAACGAUUAAAAUCACCUCAGAAUUUUAAAAAUAUACCUAAAAACUUAUUAUUUUUUUUUUUUUGUUCUGUUCAGUACAUUAUUUACGAAUUAUUUGUUUGUAUUUGACAUGGUUCAGAAAUUGAUUGGCCUUCCUACAACUGGUAGGUAACCCCAACAUACUGAGAAAGGAAUGGUUAUAGAAAAACUUCUUAUAAUUUGCACACAGAGAUACCCAAAUUAAACUGAAAUCUCCUAAAAUACUAGGAGACUGGGUAAAUAGGCUACUUAAGUUACUAGUUACCUUACGACAGCAUAGUUAAGUAUUUUUCAGUUUUUCGUACGAUACGUAUGUACUAAUAAUUAGAAUAAUAAAAUUAAUAUAUUAUGUAUAUUUUUUAUUAUUCGCAGUGCUGUAAUAAGAUACUUUAAAUUAGUAUGUAGAUACAGAUACAAGUAUCUUAAGAGUAUCAUAAGAUAUAUUUUAAGAAAACAGAUACAUUUUUUAUAAAUACCUAUUUAAUUCAUUAAAAAUAUAGAAUUACAAAAUUAUAAGAAAACAAGUAAUGGGUACAUAAUUUAUAAUACAAUAAUUUUUAUCUACAUUUUAAUGUCAGUUUUCAAAUAUAAUUUUAUUUUUAUAAAGUUAUAAGUUAUAAUACAAUUGUUGUCAGUUAUAAUACAUAAUAUAUAAUAAUAUUAAAAUAUUGGUUAAUUAUUGGUAAACAUAAAAUUAGUAAUGGGUAUUAUCUACUUGUCAAUACACAAUAAUAUUAUAACAAUAAAUUGUUGAUAUUUUUAUUUUAAAAACAUUAGAUUUUAGAGUUUUAUGUUUAAUUUUUGUAUUAUUUUUUAACAAAAAAAAGUAAUAAUUGUAUCUUAAAUACUUUAAUUAAGAUUUACAAUAUUUUCUAUCUAAGAUGCAAUUACAGAUACAUUAUUUAGAAAGUAUCUAGAUACAGAUAAAAAACACAAAAAAGUAUCUAGAUACUGUAUCUUAUGCACAUGUAUCUAGAUAUAUUACAGCACUGAUUAUUAGUAUGUUAAUAUUUGUAUUGUACUAUAAUUGUUAGUAUUUCAUAAUGUCUAUUAGUGAUUCUAGUAGCACUGAAAAAAUUAUUUUUUAUACACAUCAAAUUUUUAAAUACCACAUGAAAAAACGCAGAAAAUAAUGUUUGUUUAAAUCUUAUUUCGAAAAAAAAUAUUAUUGCAGACUAUUCGUCGCUGCUAAGGAAAUGCAAGAAAAUGAUUCCCGAUUUCUUACAUUCUAUAGAAUGAGAAAAAAAAACUUACCUUGAAUUAAAGAAAUUUGUCCUGCUCUUCAUUAUACAGACAGUAAAAUGAGGCAACUCAAUCAAUGUCAAUUUACAUGUCUACUUACUAAUUGACUAGUUGUGUCGGUUUAUCAAUUGCAACGAUUUUAGUAGCCCCAUCUGUUGUUUUUCAGCACAGUUGUUUAGUUGCCUAGUCUCUUAGUAUCUAGGCUAUUUCAGUUUCUUCUGAGUAUCCCCAUGUGCGUAGGUCCCUCCUAAAGUUUCAUAUUUAUCUAUUUUUGCUAAUGUGCAAAACAAAUAUACAAUUGCUACAAGUCUUCUGCCCUACUCAUAAUUAAAUCCAUUUUUUAAUAAUGGUGGAGAUUUUAUUAUACAUAAGUUGUUUAAAUCUAACAGUGAUUGAAUUAGAUAUGUCAAUCAAAUUAUAAAAAUAACAUAAAUAGUGCUUGACUAGCAAGAGUAACACAUAGUCUAUAGUCCCUGCAUAGUAGUUUAAAUAUAAUAUAGGUAGACCAAAACAAUUUUAGAAUGGUGUACUAAAUAGUGAAGGUAUUGGAAAACCUAGAAUCCAAAAAGGAGUGACCAGUGUUGUUGUGUUCCUUAGAAAAAACUCUGAAUAUUUUGAAAGUAUACCAUAUUUAGAAAAUUGUAUAAUAAGUAUUUCGUGAACAUAAUAUUAUGUCUUCAAUUAUUUUUCACUGAAUUGCUCACAAGUAAACAAAAUAGAUUUUACUAGAAACCUUACUUGCAUUAAUGAUUGUGUUAUUUUCAAGGAAAACAACCACUUUCUUAAUGUACUGUAUCAGUCAACAUUUUCUAGAAACCACUCUGAAAGUUGAUGAUUGGAGCAAGACAAUUUGUUUAUUGACAUAAAUAAAAAAAUAUAUUAUAUAAUAUUAAUACAUUUUUUGUUUCACUCAUAAUCAGAAAAAUAUAAUCAGUUUUUAAAUGUCUGUAAAUAAUUAUAUAUACUUACCUAUUGAAGUCUUAUACAACAUUGCAAAGUACUUUUUAAUUUGUAUUUUAGUAAUCUUGAUUAGUGAUUAUAAAACCUGCAGGUACAUUGAUGUAUUUUAUAAUACAGCUUAAAUUAAUUUAUCUUAAAACUACUAUUCUGUCUUAAAACCUUGUAAUAUAUAAUUAUAUACCUAUAUAUAGGUAUUUUUAGUUAAUUGUGUGUUAGAUUAUUAUUUGAGUAAUAAUCAAGGUACUUAUAACUUAUAAAUUAUUAUAACUUCAAUUAGGUACCCAAGUACAUAUAUUUAUGAAUUCUUGACUAAAUACAUAAAAAACAUUUUUUUUUUUAAAGAAAAUAUUUAUAUUUAUAUUGUUUAAUAAAUACAUAAUAAGUAAUUAUCAGUGUGUUUGAAUUGCAGUCCAAAAAUAAUAUUUUGUUCAAGUUGCUUCCCCAAUUUUCUCAUGACAAAUUUAUGUUGUGGCUCUAUUUAAAAGUGAUACUUACAAAUUUUCUAUCUUAAAUUAUUUCAUUAUUUUCAUUCAAUUUAAAAUAAUUUUUACAUUAAUAUUUGGAACACGAUUAGCUCUGAACAUUACCAUUUAAAUGUUUUUGGAAAGCGGAUUGUAUAUUUAUACAAUAUUACUUUUAAUUGUUUAAUUUGUUCUCUAAACAUUUUCAUUAUUUCUAGGUUGUCCAAUAUUAUAUUGUUGCAAAGUACAUAUUAAGUUUAAAUGAUUAUAUAUCACAGUGUAAUUAAUGUUAAUAUGAACAAAAUUAAUUUCCAACAAAUUAUUUAUUAGUUUAAAAAAAUUGAAAAAUUUUGUUAAGUGGUAUUCACUGAUAAAGUAUUGAUAAAACUGGUUAAUACUGAAAUAUUUAAAAAUAUUUUUAUCACCAAACAUAUAUAAAUAGAAUAAAAUUUAUUCAUGUGUACGCAAUUCGGAAACAGUUAUUGAAAAACCAUGGGUGCAAAUAUUGCUGAUGCAAUUCAGUUGUCAUAACAUAAUAGAUAUUUUUCUUUUUAGGGACGCAAUUCGUAUGCAGCAGUAAUUAUUUACUACAUACUUAGAUAAUUUUAAUAUUGUCAAAUUUGUAGGUUAGCUACUUAUAUUUGUAUUAAUUAUUAUUUUAUUCAAAAUUUGAUUUUGUAUAAGAUAAAAUUAAUACGAGGUUUGGUUAUUAAAUAACGAGACUGCGCGCGCAGUGAGCGUCCCAAAAAGGUUAGGGGAAAACCGAAUACAACGCUGGUUAGCUGGAAGUGUCUAUUAUGCCAGUACAAAAUUGAGUUUUUGUUGGUGCAUUAGUAUUUUUUCUGUAGCGUUUAGAAACGAACAUGUUUUUUUGUCUUGCCGAAAACGAUGUGUGACGAAAAACAUGAGCAACGGAUAAACGUAAAAUUUUCUCGUUAAACUAAAAAAAAACUCCAACUGAGUGCUAUAAGUUGUUAAAAGAGACCUAUAGUGAGGAUUUCCUAUCUCGGGCGCGUGUUUUUGAGUGGCAUAAAUUAUUUUCUGAAGGUCGAGAGUGCACCGGAAUCCAAUUCAGUCGUAAUCCAAAUUCAAAACCAUGCUGAUNGCAACAUUGCGCGAAUGAGUUCGUAAGAAACGGUCGAUAUUGUGGAAAAACAAGUCGUGGAUCUUGCACCAGGAUAACGCACCUGCCCAUAAUGCGCUGUCUGUGAAGCGUUAUUUGGCCGCUUAAGGCACUCCAGUACUCGAACACGCGUCAUACUCACCCGAAUUGGCACCCUGCGACUUUUACGUGUUUCCGAAGAUAAAGUCUGCCUUAAAAGGAAUCCGGUUUGAGUCGAUGGAAGAGGUGAAACAAAAAUCGGCGGAACUCCUGAAUGGUCUUAUAAAAACAGACUUCCAGCACUGCCUCGAGCAAUGGAAGAGACGAAUGAAACGGUGUGUGAAGAGGGGAGGAGAAUAUAUUGAAGGGGAACAUUUGGUUGUGGAAUAAUUUUUAAAAUAAAACCAUAUUUUUCAUAAGCAGUCUCGUUAUUUAAUAGCCAGACCUCGUACAUACCUAGUUAAUUUAUAUUGAACCAAUUGUUAGUAAAAUUUAAUUUUCAAUACUAUUUGGUUCUAGGUAUGUGCUUAACUAUUUUAAAUUUAAUACAUAUACAUUUUCAUUUUUAAAUCUUGUUUUGUGUAUUAAUAUUUUUCUGGUAUACCUAAACCUAAUUAUUAACUAUAUCUAGUUUUAAUAGUUUAAUAUAUAAAUGUCUUUUAAAUACUCUAUGUUGAUGGAAAAUGCUCUAAUAUAUUAAUUACCUAUUAACCAAAUUAUAAACUAUUCAAUUUUGAAUUGAAGUAAAAUUUGUCAUUUCAAAUUAUUGUAGGAACUUAUUUGGUUAUUAUUAUGAUUAGUCCACUUAACUAAGUAAACAUGUUUUUUUUUUAAGAUCCAACCAAUUAAUAAUAUUCUAAUAAAAAGAUAUCAAAAAAAAUUAAAAUACUAGAUAGUCUACUAUAUUUGAUAGCAAGUGACCUACUGUCAGUGUUUUAAAUACACCUAAACAAUAAUUGUAUGCUCUCUAAAUUAUAAUUAAUGUAUUGAUUAUUAUUUAUUUUAUUAAGUAUUACUAUGUUUUAAUUAUGUAUUACAUUUGUUUUAGGUUUAUGGUAUACCUAAUAUGAUUUAAAUAAUAAUAAUAAUAAAAAAAAACAAAAUGGAAGAAAACAAAAAAAGGACCAUAGUGUCUUCUGGUAAUUCCAAUUCAUCGUUAACUCCAGUUAAAAUUCAAAAAACUAAAGGUAUCUAUGAAAUUAAUAUUAUUAAGAUAAAAAUAUUUAGAAUACAGUAGAAUAAAUAUAGAUUUGAAUGAAAAUAGAAUUGUUGUUUAAUACAAAGGCUAUAAUUAAAAAUUCUUAUUUUGCAGACACCAAUGAAAAAGUAGAAAAUGAUGAUGAUUGUAACAUGUCUAAAGUUACUAGAGCAGCUGUUGCAAAAAGCUCUAGUUCCAAAACAGUAAUGAAACAUGCUUUGCGCCAACAAGCUAAACGAAGGCGCAAAAACACUACUAUUGCUGCUGGAAAUGUCGCUCCUCUUCCAAGAAUUAUUCUUCCAUCAAACCAGAUUACUAGUAAUUAUAUAAUUAUAAUAUAAAGUAAUAGUUAAGUAUAAUAUUUUAUUUAUUUUUAUAUUACAUACUAACCUAAGUCCAAUUACAGUUAUGUAUUUUAAAUAAUUAAAGUAUUUCCAGUAAACUAUAAACUAAUACAGAUAAUACUAUCCCAUAUUACUGAACAUUAAAUAUUUAACUUAAGACAGUUUUUAAAUAUAUAGACUGUUUACAAAAGGGCCUAUCAUAUAUUUAUUUGCCAAUUGUAACUUUUGAUUAAUCGGUGAAUUUUAAUAAAAAAAAUGUGGUAAUAUGUUUCAGUACUAUCAAAUAAAAUAUUAAUUAUUUUACAUUUUCAUAAAUUACAUUAAUUCCUUAUAAAAUGACUUGUAUAUUUAUUAGAAAUUAGCAAACUUUGGUUGUUAUUUUUAAUAUUAAAGUGAAUUUACCUAUUAUAGAAUUUAAAGAUAUGGAUGUUAUCUGUAUUAUUUUGUUGUUUUUCUCUUGUUAUUUUAAUUUUGAAGUGAGUUAUAAACAUUUUACUAUUGUGAUAUUUUAUACAAUCAUAUAUCCCACUUUAAAAUUUAAAUAAUGUUCAUAUCUUUGAGUUUGAUAAUAGAUAAAUUCACCCUAAUAUCAAAAUUAACAGCACAAAGUUGUUUUUGUUAAACCAAAAUGUUGUUUGCUGUUAUACAAAAUAUGAAAAAUCUUACAAAUCUUUGGACAAUAAAUAGUAAUUAUAAUUGACAUUAUAUUCAAAAACAAUUAUAUUUCUACCUGUAUAAAUUUUGAUUUGUGAUUAUUGGGAGUGAUGCAUGAUAAAAAGGGUUAAAUAAGGGUUAAAAGAAAAUAUAUGCAAUGAAAUUGCUGAGAGUCUAGUGAAGAUUAAAUAAAAAUGAAAGUUUUAGAAAUGAAAAUGUUGAUGGUAGGUAGAGGAUGUAAACUGGACACUGCUUAUAAGAUUCACAGAUGUAAGGCUCAGUUGCUUAUUAGACUCAAAAUCACUUGGAAUGUUCUAGAUAUAUCCAAAUACAUUCUAUGCAUUCUCCACUUUGCCUAUUAGGUUUAUUUGAUUAGAAGACUUAUUUUGUGCUAAUCUCAAAGUGAGUCUUCCAAGCAGUGUCAACUGUAUAUGGAAUAGAUGGAAAAAUAUUAAUAGGAGAGCGAGUAUCUGACCAUAACUUGUAUGGCAUUAAGUCAAAGGAAAAAGAUACAUUUUACUUCUAAGUGUAAUUUUAUUAUCUAUUUGGUUAAUCCUUGGCCUUAGUAGCCCAAGAGAAGUCUUUUGAACAAUUAGAUGAUACCCCGAAUAAUGAUUUAGUUGUUUUACAAAAUUAUUUCACAAAUUGGUAUACCUAACUAAAGGCUAAUAAAACAACAACAGUGGCCUUUCAUUUGAACUUCCAGGAGGCAAAUAGAGACCUUUAAUUAUAAAUUGACAGUCAAUAUUGAAAAUGAAAAACACCCUAGGUACCUUGGUAUUAAGCUUGACAGAAACCUAAAUUUUAGACAUUUUAGAGGUGUUGUCACACCUUGAAACAACUAAAAACAUCAUAUUAAAAUGUAGGACUAGGUAGGGUUGUAAGGCAACCACUCUCAGUAUUAUCCUACAGUGUAGUUGAAUAUUGUGCUCUCCUAUGGACAAGGUGUACUCACUGCAAGAAAAUAGAUGAAAUGUAGCAAUGAGAAUAAUCAUAGGUACAGUGAGAAGCACUCCAAGUCAAUGGUUUCCUGUUCUCUUAAACAAUGCCCUUCAGAAAUCUGCAGACAAAUAGCUACACAAAGUAUGAUCAGCAAAAUGUAAGGGAACAAUAACCUGCCAAUCUAUCAUGACAUAGUACAACACCCAAAUAAAACUCUAAAAUCCAGACGCUCUAUAUAGGAAAGAGCCACAAACGAUAGCGACUUAUAGGAUAAAUGGAAAAGUACAUGGUUAGGUUGUGAGGUAUGAAACUUGUCCCUAGUUGGAGAUCUAACAGUAAGCGGUUCAGGAGUCAACUUACCAUUUGCCUUAUAGACCACCUUAAAUCACAUAAUAACUGAGCAGGGAAAAUGCAAUUACUUAUUACACAAGUGGGAAAUGGUGGGGUCUCCUCUAUGUAGCUGCUGAAAAGUACAAUCUCUCAGAAACAUAGUCAAGAAUGCCCAUUAACAAAUUUCACAGGAGGUUUAAAGAAAUCCACAUAGCCAGCAUGGAUGCUAUAGAAUGGAUGAAACACUUAGGCUGUGACCAAUUUUAAUCAAAACACUGAAAUAUCAUGAGCUACCAAAUUAUUAUCAAUUUAUUUAUUAAUAGGCUUAUUAUUAUUAUUAUUAUUUUUUAUUACUGUGACUAUAUUAUUAUUAAUUAUUUAUUUGCCAUUUGCGCUAACCAUUUCAUCAUCUUGUUUAAAAUAAACAAAAUGGAUAAAAUUGAAAAUAUUUUUAAAAAAUUACUAGUAUUUAUUGUUUUAAAUUUAUUUAGGCAAUGAAUUCAUUAUCUUAACCCAUUUACGCCCAAGAUUAAUUUUUGUAUGUGUACAAAAUGUUAUACAACUAUACAAUGCAAAAUAAUAUCAUCGGGUCGAUUAUUAUAUUUUCCAACAGUCUAAAUCAAUGUGGGGAAAAUUCUAAAAAUAAAACUGAUAACAAUAAUUAUUUCCAGUGUCCUACAUAUAGGCCACUGGGUUUAUGUGGGUUAAUGUUUUAAAUUAUUUUGAAUAAAUAUGGGUUGUUAAAUAAUAAUUCUAAAUAUUAUAUAUAUAUAUAUAUAUAAUAACCCAAUGUAAUUGUGUUUACAGCUGAUGAAACAGAAUCUAGAGUACCUACAAUGUUGGAAGUGUUAUCAUCUAUUCCGGGAUUUAGUUUAGUUAAACCACGCAAACGUCCUGGUUCUAAACGGUUAUCUGCAGCUGCUCAGUUGCAACAAGCAAAGGCUGAUGGAUGUGUUGAUUUAGAAACACCAGAUUCUGUUCUUACACAAAUAAAUUUGAGAUCACUUUUGAAUAAACAAACAUUUUCAAUGCUCCCUCGACUCUAUCAACAUAAACUUGUCCAAUUGUUACCACAUGUUGACCGAGAAACUUUAAGUGAUGCACAAUCAGAUUUCAGGUUUGCAUACAUAUUAUGAAAUAUAUUUUUAUAUUAUGAUGCAAUUACAAUGUUAUUAACAAUAUUUUAAUAAUUUAAUCUAUUUUUCAGACCAUUACUAAACUCAUCAGUUUUAAAUAAUGAGUUUUUUGCACAAGCAUGCCUUGAAUGGACAGACAGAUUAGCAGAAGGUGAAUUCACUCCUGAAAAUCAGCAAAAAAUGAAAUUGGAUCUUGAACGUGAAAAAUUCAAACUGGAUCCAUUUAAAGUAAGCUAUAUAAUUCAAUAAUAAAAUUGAUAAUUACAUACAGAGAAAUUUAAUUGUAUGAAUAUCUUCAAUCAAUUAUUUAUAACUCCUAACUAAAUAAUUUAUUUAGGCAUAUCUGAUUAGUUUAUAUCUAAUAUAUAAAUAAUACAAUUAGGUAAUAUUUUACUUUUCUUUUAAGUUUCAUCUACAUCUGAUAAAUAGCUUCUCACAGCUUUUCAGAAUAAAGUAAAAAUAAAACCAGAAAUAUUUUGUAUGUGUAAGUAGGUCACUUAAAUGUAUUAAAUAUGAAAAAUUGUAAUUUGUACAGUACAAAUAUAAUUAAGUUUUUUUUAAACAACUUGAAGUAUAGUUGUUACCAUCAACAUUUUAUUUAAAUUUAUAAUAGUUUCAAAAUAUAAAAAUGAUUAUUAUGAAUAGAAUUUUAUGUUACUAAAAAAACAAUACUAUUUAUUUUAAAUAUUGUAAAAUAUGAGUAUUGUGCAAAAGUUAUUAUGCACCAUAUAGUUAUUAUUUAAUUGUUUAAUUUUAUAUUAAUUCUAUACUUGUUUGUUUAUAUGUUAAUAUAAUGUAUUUUUAAUUUCAGUUGAAGCAUUUUGAACCUAUUUGGGGUGACAGUAAAGUAUCACAUUCGAGUGUGAAUGCGCCAACUCCUCCUUCAAAUUGGAGUUAUCCUAAGCAAAAAGUAACAUCAACUAUCACUGCUCCUGUAACUACGUCUCCGAUUACAACUGAUAUUGAAAUGAGUGUGACAACAACAUGUUCAUCAUCUGGUGAUAUUAAAACUGCUGAUAGUCAUACUGAAAGUAUUGAAAUUAAAGUUAUUGAAACUGAAGAUAUUAAAGUUGAAGAUAUUACAACUGAAGUUCUUAAAACUGAAGAUAUUACAACUGAAGAUUUUACAGCUGAUGAUAUUACAACUGAAGUUAUAACAACUGAAGAUAUUACAGCUGAUGAUAUUACAACUGCAAAUGUGACAACUGAAGAUACUGAAGAUAUGAUUGAUAUAACUGAAAAUAUGAAAACUGAAGAUAUGAUUGAUUUAACUGAAAAUAUGACAACUGAAGAUGUGACUGAUUUAACUGAAAAUAUGACAACUGAAGAUGUGACUGAUUUAACUGAAAAUAUGACAACUGAAGAUGUGACUGAUAUAACUGAAGAUGUGACUGAUAUAACUGAAAAUAUGACAACUGAAGAUUCUGAAGAUAUAACUAAUUUAACUGAAAAUAUGACAACUGAUGAUAUUAAAACUGAAGAUAUCCAAUUACAACUACCAUGGGAUUCUGUUGAUUCCACAAUAGAUUCUACAACAAGCCCAAUAAUAAAGGAUGUGGUUUUACCAAAUGUAAGUGUUUUAUAAUAUAUUUAAUUUAAAUGUUAAUAUGUUAGUUGCUGUUGAUCAUGUAAUAGUGAUAAUUUAGUCAAUUUUUUUUAUUUACCUAAUUUAUUCUCUAAACUAUUUGUAUAUAUUCCAAAUUUAGUUUGUUAGUUUAAUUUAUCCAAGUUUUAGUUCAUCAAAUCUUAAAAGUUGGAUAUUUUAAAUCAACACUUGAUUAAUAGGUAAAAUUUUAAAACUGAAUGAACUAUAAUUUUUUUUUUAGAUCAGUAUUAAUAUAGUUAAUAUAGUCUUCUUAACAAAUUAAUUCCUAUUUUUGUUAUUCAAAUGGGUUGUGUGCUGGGCUCAAUCGUUUUCCAAAGCUUCAUAUUAUAAAUUGUAUUUAUUAAAUAUCAAAACUUAAUUACAAUGUAUUUUUAUAAUUAAAAAUAUUUUUCAAUGUGUUCUUAAAUUUUUCAAUUUUCAGUUUAGGCUGUUAUUAUUUGUGACUUAUUUUGUUAAAAAUAAACAAUUAAAUUUAAACUCUGAUAAGUAUAUAAUAUUACAAGCUUAUAUAUAGGUCUACAACAUAGUAUAUAAAAAUACAUUUUUUAAAUUUUAUUUAAAGUAUAAAAAAAAAAUAUUUUUUUACAGGUUAGUGAGAUUGAAAUUGAUGACAUACCGGAUUGUGAAAUUCUUAAUGAAGAGGAAAAAAUGGAUGAUGUUAAUUUAGAUGAAACCUCUUCAGUAAUUAAAAGCUGGUCAUCCUUAAUAAAUGAAGAUUUGGAAACAUUAAUACCAGAAUAUGAUUGUGUUUCUACUACAAAAGAAAAAGAAAGAAAUGAAAGUGAAAUUAAAUUGGAGUUAGAAGGUAUAAAUUAAUUAUUUAUAAACAUAUUAACUGGUGUAUAUAUAAACAAAUUUGUUUCAGUUACUCUAACUCCAAAAAUAGACAAUAUAAAUUCAAGAACAAAUCAAAUUUCUACUAAUGAUGCCAGUGAUAAUGCUAUUGGGGACAUUGUACAAAAAAUUCCAAAAAGUGAUUCUACUCCAGUGGUUGUUCGAAUGCCUAGUGUUAUUCAGCCUCUUGUUAUUACUUCUUCUAACAGUUCACCAUUGCCCAGUACAAAAUCUAUACUUAUAUCUCCAUUACUUCAGUCAUCUUUAGAACGUAGUAUGCCAAAUGAUUUUUCAUUCAUCAAUAAAAUUUCCAAUUUAUCUACAGCCCCUUCUGAUCGGCCAAUAAGUCAUACCUAUGUGUCAUCAAUCAAAUCACAAGUAAGCAUUAAAUAGUAUAAUUCAUAAAUAUUUUAGUUGAGUCAUAAGACUCGUAACAAAUAUAAUUUACUAAAUAUGAUUGUAUUAUUUAUACUUAAAGGUUAGCUCAAGUAGUUGUGUAACAAGUAGGACUAGUAGUAGAGCAACAUUGAAGCAACCACCAGGUGCUGUUAAUUUAGAAAGAAGUUACCAAAUAUGUCAAGCUGUUAUACAAAAUAGUCCUAACCGUAAUCAACUUAGGUGUCAACUAAAACCACCUCCCUCAGUGUUGAUGGGAAAAAAUUCUAUGUAUGUAUAUUAUAAAAAUGAUAUUGUUUUUAUUUAUUGAGUUCAUACUUAAAAUGUUAUUGUAGUAUACGAAAUGGACCAGCAAAACCUAUACGAAACAUUAAUUUAACUAAUAGUUCUCAACCAUUGGUAGUUAGACAUUUGUUCACAUCUUCUCGUGGCAUUCCAGUAACUAUGUCUGUAGUACCUCCAUUUUCAUCUGAUGUAAGUUUUAACAUUAUAAUAUUAUGAACAUGAAUAACAGUGUAAACUUAAUAAUAUAUUUAUUUUACAUAGUUGAUAGUCAUUAUAUAAAUACAUUUUUUUUCCUAAAAUAAACUAAUGUUCAAGUAUUUUUUUAAACAAAGUAUAAUCCUAAUCAUAUUAUUAUUUACCACUGUUUAUUUAUAUAAUUUGCAGCAACAACAACAACUUACUGAAAAACAAAUGGGGCAAUAUCUUUUGGUUCAAAGGUCAGGUGGAAUAACAGGUAUUCGCCGGUCAUCUAGUGCACCUCCUACUAAUAACAAAAUAUCACCUAUUAUAAAUGGUGGUCGACCAGCAAGUGUUGGUAUACAAGUGUCUACUUAUCCACAGUCCCAGCCUACAAAUGAUUGUUCUUGUAGUCUUAAUGCUAUGGUAGUAUGUAAAAAAUGUGGAGCAUUUUGUCAUGAUGACUGUAUUGGUCCCUCUAAACUUUGUGUAACAUGCCUUAUUCGAUAAUUAUGUUUUUUUGUUCCAGUUAAGUUAUAAAAUAUUCAACAAAACCUAUUGUUUUAAUAGAAAUAAAGAAAUAAUUGAAAAUUAAAAUGUACCAAAACAUUUCAUAAAAAAUAAAUAAAUAAUAAUUUUGAUAAUAUAACGAGUAUUGUACUUACUCAAAAUAUAAUUUGUAACCAUGUGUUAUUUAUUUUUAAUUUUUAAAAUAUAUUUGAAUUCAUAAAAUAAUUUAAAUCAAACAAUUUUUCAUACAUAAUUUAUUACCUUUUAGCUGUUUUGUUAUUAUUAUUAUAAUUUAGAUAUGUAUUGUGUUAAUAUAUGCAAUAUUAAUAUAAUAAUAAUAAUUUAAAUAAAUUUAAACAUUUAUAAUUCAUAAUACAAUUGAUUUUUUUUUAAAAAAAAGUUAAAGUUAAUAUCUUAUUAAAUUGUGUAAAUAAAAUUUAUUCUUGUAUAAUAAUUCUAAGACAUUCAAUUAUAAAAUCUGCCUAAUGUUUGACUAAAUAUUAUUAUAUAUAUUAAAUUCAAUAAUAACUUAUUGGUUGUCACAUAUAUAAUAUAUGUUUUUAUCAGUGUUACAUUUCUUAAAAUUAUUGUUGAAAAUACUUAAAAUGUUUAUCAAGUUUUCAAUCACAUACUUAUUUUCUAAAAACAAAAAAAAUUCUUUAAAUUAAUAUAUUUUUUUGAAUUAAUGAUAUGUUUAAUCCUAAAAAUAUUUAAUUUAAGAGCUUAAUGCAAAUUUUGCACAAUGUAUAAAACUAUGAUUCUAGAUUUUGAUCCAAUUUAAGUAUUUGGAAAUGUUCUUGUAUUUUGUAUAAAGCUCAAAUGUAUAAUUUUACCACUAAUAAUAUUCAUAUUGUAAAAAAUUGUUUUUUUUUAUGGUAUUACAAAUAUUUGUUAAUGCUAUUUCAUCACUGGAAUUCAACUAAAAAUAGUUAUAACCAUUUUCAUACAUAAUAAAGAAUACUAUACUAUUAUAGAUAUAAUGAUUAUAUUUUGUAAUUUAUACAAGAUGCGACACUGUUUGUUUCCUUUUGAUUAUUGAAUAGUUGUGAUUCAUAAAUUCAUAUUUUUUGUUAUUUAUAUUGGAUACUACCUAUUCAAACACACACACACACAUAUAUAUAUAUACUUCUAUAAAGUUUAAAUUGUAUUACUUGUAAUUAUCUCUUAAGUCAUAAGUUUAAGUAUUGCCAACUAUUAAUCAUCCAUUAUACCAACAGUUAUGAAUGUAUUUGUUAAAUGUAAGAAUUACAAGUUUCUUUAAAUAAAUAGCACAUGAUCCAUUAUCUACUGAUAUUUUGACAAUAAUAUAUUUGCAAAAUAUCUUUUGGUGAUAGAAUUGUAUAAUCUUACUUUGUUCUGUUAAAUGUAAAGUUAAAUAAUAAUAAUUUGAUUUUGUAUACAAUGAAAUCAUGUCAUUAAAUUAUUAUUUAUUAUAUUAAAUUAAUAUUGUCAGUUUAUACAAUCACUUGACAAAAUUAUCAAAAUUAAUAUUCUUUCUAAAAUUCCUAAUAUGAUUAGAAAUGCUUUGUAUUACCUUCAUUGAUUAAAAAAAAAAAAAACGAAUAUUACAUUUUUUUUUUAUCUUGAUAUUACUUUAGAUUUGCUUAAAAUUUUGUUAAGUUUGUGUUUUUAUUUUAAACAUUUUUUUACCUAUUUAAAUGUUUUUUAUUUUCAUUAUUUGAUGUAUCCUAUAUAUAAAAAGUCUAAUAAACAAAUAUUUACUUAAAUAAAAUUAGUGAUUUGUUUCUUUGUUUAAAAAUUAUUUUCCUCUUAUUUUAUUAUUUGUAUAAAACAUUUGCAUGUAUCAAAUAAUUUUUUUUUUAAUACUUAAAAAUAUUAUUUGUUUAUUAUUUUUUUAAUGUUCAUCUUAUAUAAAUAAGAUAUCUAAUGUUAUAAAAUGAAAUAUAUAUGUUAUUUCUUUUUAUUUAGUUUUAUAACACUACCUAUUAGCUACUAAAAAUGUAAGGAUUUAUAUAAUAAGUAUAUAUAAUGUAAACUCUGUAAAUAGAUAUUACAUUGAUUCUCAUUCUGUUUAUGCUAUUGUCAUAAUAUUGUUAACCAACUUCAUUAAAUAUAGAC